AUGGAACCGCCGGCAAAGCGCAUGCGCAUCCACCAAUCAGUUAGAGCUGACGGAGAGAAUCUUGACUACGUUGGAGAGAAGCAAAAAAACCAACAAAGGCUCAAGAGCCAAUUCGAGUCUAUAUUCGAGAAAUUUGGCAACAUACACGAAUCCCAGAGCGACGAAAUCGACAUGAAAACAAAUAGGGUGGUGGUGGAUAGAGGGCAUCUACGAAGACUACAGCGUAAGAGUAAAGGGAAAGAGAAGAGGUCACUGGAUUCGCUAGGAGUAGCAGUAAGGAGCGAAGAGGAAGUAGACGAAGAAGAUUCGGAAGACGAACUGGCCCCCACGCAGCUGGUGAAGUCCAAGACUACUAGACCGCCUCAGCAAGACAUGAGCAAACGACAGGCCGAAACCAUAUUGAUCAAUACGCAGCAACCUACGUCACCUCAGUCGAACGUCCCAGUAACAUCCAUACCGCAAUUAGGCAUUCCGCAAACACCGAAUAUCCAGCUGCCACAAACUCCUGUGAGACAAGAGGCGCCACCUGCUUUCUACGCAAAAUUAUUGCAGACAAUCAAUCAAGCUGUUCACCAAUUCACAGCCGGUCUGAACAUACCAAACACCCCGACAACCUUCGCAAACGCUGCUCCUGUGCCGAUCACUCCCAUGACAACCAAUGACAAGGUGGCACCCGCGACGGACCCAAAAUGGUUUUUCCCGCCUCUGCCCGCCGAACGGCGCCAAUGUUCACCGACUAGACCCCGCCGAAGCAGCACGCGUGUCGGGGGCAAAAAGGGCCGCCCUAGGAAAUACGACUUCAAUCACGAAGACGAUGUAUAUAUUAGCAAAUGCAGAAGAAUCGACGGUAUUUCGUGGAAAGCUAUCAAAGAUGACAGAGAGAAGUGGAAGACAUGGCCACUGAGCGCACUUUGCAGCCGUUGGGUGCUGAUCAAGGAUCAAAAUCUACACCUGCAAGAGCCGACUGUAGCUGCUGCAGAUGAUCGCAGCGGUUCUCGAUCCCGGAAACGAGUUCACGCCUCUUCCAAGCCACCGCAAAGUGCGGGGAAGAGGAGGAGUGUGGGGGAUAGGAAGGUGAGGAAACGGAGGUGGGAGGAUGAGUGGGGUGAGGAUGGACUAGCUAUGUAA